UUGGCAGUGUGCAGUUGAAAGGAAGAAUGUCUUGUCCCAGGUAAGAGAGAUCCACUGCCUUUGUACUCAUUAUUAUUCGAUCUGUACUCCAUAGCAAGUGCUUUCAGUGCUUUUAGAAAAGCUCCUUACUUGAUGCAAUGAAGGUUGUUCUUGAGGGAUGCAUCUAUUCAUAAUUUCUAUAACUGCAGAUGUAUUUUCACAACCCUUGAUCCAGACAUUGGGGUCAUGGAUGGAAAGGAACCGCUGAAAACACUGAAAAGGUUUUGGCUUGUAAUUAAGGAAGAUGGACGCAUGGUCACAGCUCGGCAGGAGCCUCGAUUGGUUCUGGUUUCUGUAUAUUCUGAAAAUGGCCACUUAAUCCUGAAAGCUCCAGAAAUGAAGGAAUUGGCCAUCCCUGUCAAAGUCCCUAGGAAAAAUCCUGUGAAGAAUUGCAGGGUUUUUGGGCUUGAUGUUCAAGGACAUGACUGUGGAGAUGAGGUGGCUCACUGGCUCACCACUUUCUUGAAAUCAGAACCAUAUCGACUGGUGCAUUUUGAGACCCACAUGAUACCAAGAAAAUGUAAACAGAUUAAGGAGCCUUUUCGACCUACUGAUAAGGUUCCCUAUAAUGACUGUGCUCCAGUCUUGCUCAUCUCAGAAGCUUCACUGGAAAAUUUAAAUACUAGAAUGGAGAAGAAAAUAAGUAUGUGGCAUUUUAGACCAAACAUCACAGUUUCAGGCUGCAGUGCAUUUGAAGAGGACACCUGGAAGAAGAUUAUAAUUGGGGAUGUGGAAAUGGAAGGAGUGAUGGCAUGUGACAGGUGCAUUUUAACAACCGUUGACCCAGAUACUGGCAUCAUGGACAGAAAAGAGCCCCUGGAAACUCUGAAAAGCUAUCGUUUGUGUGAUCCAGCAGAGCAGCACAUCUACAAAUCUGCUCCAUUAUUUGGAAGAUUUUUUGGAGUUGAUAAAACUGGAACCAUCAGCGUUGGAGACCCAGUGUACAAAAUAAUUGAAUGUUAGGGUGUGUGGUGGGCGAGGGGAGAUGAUUUCUAGGAGAGGAGGACUAUUUGUUUUAAAGUUUGUUGGUAAUUUUGGUUAAUUUGUGCUCUGGUUCCGCUUUUACAUUUCUUAGACAAAAAUAUUUUCAUUCUAAUCUCAUACAGAUUUAUUUGCAGUUACCAGAUAAUUUCUUAGUAAUAAAACAUAAAACUGAUAUUUCAAAAUGCUGGAACGUAUAUGAAAAAUAAUGAAUGGUCGAUGGUACCUUAAAGACUGACACAUUUAAUGUGGCUUAAGCUACUGUAGGCAGUGGUGCACUCUGUCGGUGAUACGCUUUUGUCCUCGAUCACAAAUGUGUGUUUUUAAAAGUUUUUAAAUGUGCUUUCACAUUUUUAACUUUUUUGUGUUGUUGUAACCCAUUUUGAACCUGUGCUUUGGAAAGGUGAGAUACAUGGAUUUCACCUAUAUAGAACAUAAUGUUGAAUUAUGAAUUAGAAACAUUCGGAUCUAAUGUUUUAGGCCAGAGAGGUUCAGCUGAUAGGCAGUAUAGAAAUGUGAUAGAUAAUAAAUAAUUUUCCACUACAGAGAAGGCUCUGUCUCUUGGAGAAACAAUUGGAUGAUGUGAUUUUCUAUGAUAAUUAUAGAAAGAUUAUGAUAAGAUGAAUUGUCUGCUUGGUAAGUUUGUCUGUCCAGAGAAACAGAUAGCACACAUUCAUGAAGUCAUUUGGAUUUAAUGAACAAAUAAAUGUUAAAGGAUUGUGA